ACAAGACCCCUGGCAGGAUGUUUAAAAAGGAGGCUCGGACCCGACAGAGCAAGCGGACACCGUCGAGAUCACCACGGCAGCAAUGAAGACCACACUCGCAUGCGUCGCUCUCCUGGUCCUGGUCUUGGGCCGGUGCUCCGAGUCCGUGCAGGUCGAGGAGAACGGCCUGUCCUUCUCCCUGGAGGCCGUCAGGAGGCUCCAGGAGAUGUUCGAGAGCGCCAGGACGCCGCCGCAGAGCCCGAGACCGCGGGCCGGCUCGCCGUCCAUGUGCGAGGAGCCGAUGCUGCCCCAGGAGCUGCUGCCCCUGUGCAAGAAGAAGGGGGCGUCGGCUUCGCUCGCCAGACUGGCCAUGGUGCCGCUCGACGUCUGCGAGGUUUGCGCCUUCGCCGCCUGCACCGGCUGCUAAACACGCAUUUUUAUUUUUAUUUUUUGGGAGGGGGG